UUCAGUCGUCCCCGUCGCUGGUCUGUUGAUCCCCCCUCUGAAUUCGCUUCGCUGUCUCCAUCAAUCUCCAGUUCACAAUCCAGAAAGACACAUAUAUAUACAUAUACAUAUGUAUAGAGAGAGAAGCAAUUGAAGGUAUUGGAGAGAGGGAGAGUGGGAGACGGGGCUAUGGAGAAACUAGAGGAGGACGACAAGGUGAUGCCCUUGCCGGAGGAAGAGGAAGGAGAGCUGGAGGAACAGCUCGGCUCCAGCUUGACUCUUGAGAGAGUCGCUGCGGCGAAGAAAUUCAUCGAGAAUCACUACAAAUCCCAAAGGAAACAUCUACAAGAGCGCAAAGAAAGGCGGUCGGUACUCGAAAAGAAGUUAGCGUCUUCAAAUGUAUCAGAAGAGGAACACAUGAAUCUUUUGAAGGAAUUGGAGUGCAAAGAGACAGAGUACAUGCGACUAAAGAGGCAUAAGAUUUGUGUGGAUGACUUUGAGCUUCUGACCAUCAUUGGAAGAGGAGCCUUUGCAGAGGUUACACUGUGUCGGGAGAAGAAAUCAGGCAACAUAUUUGCCAUGAAGAAGUUGAAGAAGUCAGAAAUGCUUAGCAGGGGCCAGGUUGAACAUGUUAGAUCUGAAAGGAAUUUGCUUGCAGAAGUCGCUAGCCACUUCAUAGUAAAACUCUUUUAUUCCUUUCAAGAUGCUGAAUACUUGUACCUAAUAAUGGAAUACCUGCCUGGUGGUGACAUGAUGACUUUGCUCAUGAGAGAGGAGACCUUAACUGAAACGGUGGCUAAAUUUUACAUUGCACAAAGUGUUCUGGCCAUAGAGUCUAUUCAUAAGCAUAACUACAUCCACAGAGAUAUUAAACCGGACAACCUUCUUUUGGACAAAAAUGGUCACAUGAAGCUCUCUGAUUUUGGGCUUUGCAAGCCUCUUGACUGUUCGAAUUUGUCUACUAUAAAUGAAAAUGAAGUGAUGGAUGAGAAGCAUUUGAGGAAGUCAGUGGAUGUCCUCCCAGAUAAUGGUAAUGGAAGCUGCUGGAAUAGCCCACUGGAACAACUUCAGCAUUGGCAAAGAAACCGGAGAAAAUUGGCAUUUUCAACUGUGGGGACACCUGAUUAUAUUGCUCCAGAAGUAUUACUGAAGAAAGGCUAUGGCCUGGAAUGUGAUUGGUGGUCGCUUGGUGCUAUAAUGUAUGAGAUGGUUGUUGGUUAUCCUCCAUUCUACUCUGAUGAUCCAAUAACAACAUGCAGAAAGAUUGUGCACUGGAAAAAUCACUUAAAAUUUCCAGAAGAAGCAAGGCUGAGUCCUGAAGCAAAGGACCUGAUCUACAGAUUGCUUUGUGAUUUUGAGCAUCGUCUAGGUUCUCGAGGGGCGGACCAAAUAAAAGCUCAUCCUUGGUUCAAAGAUAUUGUGUGGGAUAAACUCUAUGAUAUGGAGGCAGCAUUUAAGCCAGAGGUUAAUGGGGAACUUGAUACUCAAAAUUUCAUGAAAUUCGAUGAGGUUGAUCCUCCAUCGGCAAGAACUGGUUCAGGACCAAGGAAGAUGAAGUUAACUACGAAAGACUUAAGUUUUGUUGGCUAUACAUACAAGAAUUUUGAGGCUGUCAAAGGACUACGUCAUUCCCUUGGUGUGAUAAGUUGUAUUUAACGUCAAUCACAUGCAGCAGUGUGUGUAAAAAUAUUGCAAAGCACUUUUUCAAUCUCCUUAUCCAGUUUUUUUGAAUUGGCCUCUGCAGCGACAAUUCGGAGCACAUCACCUGAACACUUAUCAACUGAUUCUGUCCACAGUGAUUCUGGAGUUGACUACUCGGCCAAUGACACUACUAAUGAUGCAGAAACACUGACCCAUGCUGCUUCAGCUGAUAAUCUCUCACAAUGAUGGGUAACCAGACAUUGUCAUCUAUAACAACCUUUGUAACAGGACAGGCCCCUGUAUGAAGUUGAUGGAUUUGCCUGCUUAUUUUCGGUCAAGUUCAUCUUUUAUCUGCCAUGUGAAGUGAACUGCCGCAAAUUUUGCAGAAAUCUUCUAACUGUACAGUAAUAUUGGAGGAACUUCCAGAAAGCCCUCUAAAUGUUCUCGUGUACAAAUUAGUGAGAACUGCCAAGGUUGGCAGAUCUGAAUAUGCCUUCAAUUGUGACAGUUUCUGGCCAUUUUCCCCUUACUUUCCUCAACUAAAUGGUGUAGAUAACUCCGAAAUGCUCUAGUAUCUGUAUCAGAUACAAAUAACUACUAGUGUACGGAAUGCCAUGGAGCUUUUAUUGGCUGAACUAUAAAGGAAGUUUUGAGGAAUUGCUUUUUUUUUUUUUCCAGUAGUGUCUUGGAAAUUGACUCGACGGAUUUUUGAUUUGUUUUUAACGU